AUGGAAUCGGAUUCAUCAUACAUUCACAACAUCACUGUAGCUGGCAUUCUUAAUAAUCAAAAUUUUCAACAGGCAAAAACUUGUGCUACAUAUUUACAGCGAACAAAUCCGACUGAAGUGAAAGCUACCAUCCACCAACUGUUCGAGACUCAGUGGGAAGAACUUCUGAAAGAGAUUAAAUCUACUAAAAAGGGGAAGUUUCAUUACCAUGAAGGCAAUUACAUAGUUUAUGUGAACGAUGAUGAGUAUCUAGGAGACUACAAAGGACUUGAAAAGUGGGCUCUCAUGAAUUACAGAUAUUCAGAUAAUUCCAAUACAAUAAUAUACAAAAGAAAAGCUGCUCUUGAGUUCAAAAAGGCGAUUAACGAUGUUAAAGGAAGAUCUUUCUGCUUUAUGGAGAUCAGAAUUGGAGAAGAGGCUCCUCAAAAAGUUAUCUUUGAACUCUUCACAGAUAUAGCCCCUGACAGUUGUGAGAACUUCAGAAAAUUAUGAGGAGGUACCUUUACAAACCAAAAAGGAGAGAAACUAACGUAUAAAAAUACUGAGUUUCAUAGAAUAGUCAAAGGAGGGUUUGUCCAAGGUGGCGAUCUCUCUAAAUUAGGAAUCACCAAGCUCGGCCAGAGUAUUUUUGAUGGAUACUUCCCUGACGAAACUUUUGAAAUUAAACAUACUCAAGUUGGCCUCCUCGGAUACUGCAAAAAGAGCGGUUUGAAAUACUCAAAUGAAUGUCAAUUCUAUGUUACCACAGGAGCACCCCUUAGCUACAUGGAUGGCAAAUAUGUAGUAUUUGGAAGAGUGGUCACAGGAAUGAGAGCUUUUAGACGAAUGGAAAAGAUGGAUAGCCUCAAUGAAAGACCAAAGGAUAAAAUAGAGAUAUCAAACUGUGGAGAAUACGAUGCAAGAAAAUAAAGAAUAUGA